ACCACAACUUCCCUUUAAGCUAGCAAGCUAUGCGGUAACACUAGAGGCAAACAAGUAGAAGAGCCAGAGCCAGCCCAGCAGACGUCCUUGCCGCGUCCUUAAAUCCACUCAGAGUGCUCCUCAAUCAGUCAGUCCAGUGUCCAAGCAUGGGGCGCCAUGGUCCUCUAGCUCUUGCCCUCCCGCUGUGGAUGUGCUUUGGAAGAGCAGCUGCCAGUCUCCAUGAACCUCAGAUCUGUUAUGUUCUGGAUGGAAUCCUCUUUCUGUACGGACUGGUGCUCACCACUCUCUACUGCAGGCUCAAGAUCCUCAGUUGUAAGAAGAGGACAGAUGGAAAACCAAAUAAGGGCACUGAAGACGGCAUCUAUUCGGGUCUGACCCAGCCGGCCGACACAUACGAAACCAUUGGCAUGAAGACCUAAGCAUGCCACACAUUGAUACAAAUAUUAAUGUUUUUAUGUGUUUGUAUUUAAUUACAUAUUUCAUAAUUCUUGUGCGGCUUUUAAAAUGUUGCAACUGAGAAAAUGGGAAGUGGUUUAAAUAAGAGGAAACUGUAAGAAAUGCCUUGUUAUGCUAAAUAUUUCUCACAUUUUAAUAUAAGCUUCUUUGAGAUAUUGUAUUUCCCAUAUUUGGACAAGUCAUUAAGUGACUUGAGAUGCUUUUUGAUUUUAUUUUAUUUUUUCAGAAUACUGUUGCUUUUAUCACAUUGUCAUAUGUAUGUUGUAAAGGUAUAGGUUCCAUAGUGGUCCAGGGUGUAUACUAGUACUGUUCGGAUACAGCUGAAGGGAUUCAGGAAAGAUUAAUUUCUGUCCUGUAAAUGUGACUUUUUUUAGUAUCAAGUAAUAUCUGAUUUUUCAUACUUUUGACAACCCUAACCUAAUCCUACUUUGGCUACUACUAUUAGUCCAAGUUUAAUCCUGGUUUGAAAUGUUUUAAUUUGGUUCAGUAUUUCUCCUUUGCACAAUUUUAGAUUGUCUCUAAAGUUAACUGAAAUAUCUGGAUAGAUUGGUGUUGAUAGAACAUUGUGAAAAAUGUAUUAUAGCUUCCACCUUUGUUCCCAUAAAAUUUUAAGUGUUCUGUUCUCUCCUUUGCCACAAGAUGUCAGAGAUGCAAGCAACCCAUAUUUGAGGUAAAGGAGCAGCACUUGACAACAACACACUUUCUAUCUGUCCUAUUGUUGUAUGACUGCUUUUGAACUAUUGUAAUAAAGAUUUUUUUGUCUAUUA